AUGAGUUCCUGUGCUCAAGGGAAGCAGAAGAAAUAUUGCACCUACACGACUUCCGAAACAAGAGGCGGACAUGCUUUGAGCAUUAUCGCAAGACCUGUAGCUGCAAAUGCGAUAUCUGCGGCCUUCCUAGCUCUGAACGGGGAACACCAGGGCUUGGAUGAUGGUCUCGAAGUUCGGGCCUUCCCGGGCAAGGGCAAAGGCCUAAUCACCACAAAGGCUUUGGAGAAAGGAGAAACGAUAUUACUCGAUACUGCGCGUAUCAUUGCGAGCUCGCAUUUUCCUACGCAAGUUACGCGUGCGCAAGGCCAAACACUCUUCAGUGCCGCACUUGAUCGAUUACCUCAGGCAGAUCGGAACUCGGUGCUCGCAUUGGAUCAGAGUCUGGGUGGCAGCAAAGUUGAAGACAUCAUGAAGACGAAUGCUUUCGCAUGCCAGCUCGCUGAUGGCGAAGUAGACGAUGCCUACAUGUGUCUCUUCCCUUCCGUUGCCCGGAUUAACCACGCGUGCCAACCCAAUGCGCACGCGCGCUUUGUUCCGAAGACACUGUCGAUGGAGAUCAAGGCUCAACGGGACAUCGCCGCUGGGGAAGAAAUCGGUAUCUCGUAUGGCAAAAUCGACUUGAAGCACGCCGAUAGACAAGCACUCUAUCAGGAAGGCUGGAACUUCAAGUGCACUUGCUCUCUUUGCACUGCUUCGCAAUACGAUGUAGCUGGUAGUGACCAGCGCCGUGCGAGGUUCGCCCAACUCCGGAAGAUGCUGGAGAACUUGACGGCAGAAACCUACGAUGCCCAACAAAUUGUUGCUUGGGAGAAAGAAGUGAUGGAGAUUAGUCAACGAGAGGGGUUGGAUACUCUGCUCGCCCAGGACUAUGAGAGACUGGCGUACGUGUACGCAGGUCAUGGAAUGAUGGGAGAUGCCAGACGUUGGGCAAAGAUGGCGAAAGAAAGUUUAUUGGAAUGGGUGGUGGUUGAUGGAGGUCCGCGCAAUCAGAUAAGGAGGAUAGAGGACUUGCUCAAAGAGCUGGAUGGCUAA